GAAAAAUAUCAUUGAGUGAUUAUAAUAGUUUUAGGGCUGGCUCACAGGGCCAACGGCUGCCCAAAUUUUUUUUUUGUAGUAAUAACAAAUGAAAAAAUUCAUAAUUUUAUAUUUUUACACAAAAACAAAAAAAAAUUUUCACUCUCUUUUGAUAAUCACACAAUGAUCGCGAAUGUUUAACGAAAUAAAUGCACUGUUUGGACAAUCCAUCCUUUCUUAGAAUAUAACUAUAAGAAUAAUAAACCCCACUUCGAGAGACAUUAAGAAUUCAUUAUGUUUGACUUGGUUGUGAUAUGUUAUUAUAUUGAAUGAAACGAAAUUACCACAUCAACUGUACAUCUAGAAAAGUGGACGAUUUUGACAUAAGACAUGUAAGGAAUUAAAAUGUCUGUCAAUGUCAUUCAAGUAAUCUAUAGUGAGGGAAACAAUGAGGUAAACCAGUCGUUUUCAUUCAGUUGUAAACUUAACGGCGACAGAAACAAGAGUUGUUAUAACGAUGGAUGUUUUCAAUGCACCCUGCUAUAGACUAAUGAAGUACUCUGCUAAAAUUAUAGGUAUAUGGCCGUAUCAGACUCGUCGUAAAAGGAUAAUGAUAAUAACUAUUAUUUGGAUAUUUGUCUUUGCGCAACUUAUUCCACAAAUUAUAGCUCUUGCGAUGUAUGUGGAUGAUCCAGAUGUUCAAUUUGAAGCGUGUUCAAAUAUGGUGAUAUAUUUGGGAGCGGCAAUAAAAUAUAUCAACGCAAUGUAUAAAUCAAAUCAGAUGAAAAAACUAUACGAUAGAAUAAUAAGUGAUUGGAAAUUGGUGAAGAACGAAGAAGAAAAAAAAAUACAACAGAAGCACGCCAAACUCGGUAAUAUGCUCUCAUCUUCAUGGGCAGGAAUCGCAUAUUGUUCAGCGACAUUUUUUGUAUUGGACCCGAUUGUCCCGAAAUUUUCGAAACUAUUAUUUAACAUAAAUGAAACUGAUCCAUAUCAAUUGCCUCUUCCGUUGGAGUAUAUUAUUAUUGACAGAAGGAAGCAUUACUGGAUAAUGUUGUGUUUUACAAGUUUGAUGGUUUAUAAUGUUAUAAUAAUUCUUGUUUCAUGUGACAUUGUAUUUAUCAACUUAGUGCAACACGCUUGCGGACUAUUUGCAGUUACAGGAUAUCGAAUAGAGAAUACACCAAUCGAUAAAAAUGAUUCCGAAGUUCGUAAAGGAACCGAUUAUUCACCAAACUCGAAAGAUGUUCCUUACAGACAUUUGGUAUCUUGUAUCAGGAGCCACAGGCGAGCUUUAGAAUAUGCGGAACUUCUUGAAAGCUUAUAUUGUAUAAGCAUGGGAAUGGUAGUAGGACCCAAUCUGCCACUUAUAAGUGUCACCGGAUACCAGAUCACUUGUGUAUGUCAGCUCAGUGGAUAGCAUCGAGGACUUUGAAUCGGAAGGACGCAGGUUCGAGCCCAGGAGUUAUCGGGAUUUUUUCAUCAAAAAAAAAUAUGUUUACUUCCUCUAAUUAAUGCUCUCAAUACAAUAGAUAACAUUCUCGAUCGAAUUAAAAUUCUCUCAUUUUUUUGUGCAAUUUAAUAUUGAUUUUAAAAUAAUUGCUAAUAAGGUAAUCCUGAUAAGGAUUUGAUGAGGAUAUCCUGGUAAGGUCCUGAUAAGGCAAUCCCGAUAAGGACCUAAUGGGUCUUAAGCGUUACAUCCAUAUCAGGAUCCUCGUCAGGACACUCUGAUCGGGACCUUAUUAGAAAUAAGGUUAACCCGAUAAGGACCUCGUCAGGCCCUUAUGAAAAAUUCUAGUCGGGAAUAACAUAGAAAAAAUUUUUUUUGUGUCUUCUGAUUUUUAUAAGUUGCUAACGAUGCGUCAUAGGAAUAAUUGGCAGGCAUAUUUUUGUAGGUGAUUGAACGCUGAAGGCAAUAUGUUUUUCUUCAUUUACACUCAUAUAUAUAUAUUUUGAACUUAGAGAUCGUUGUUAUACAAAAAGAGGAGAGGUUGUUAGACCUCAGUGUUAAAUAAUAUUAAAAGAAUAAGUUAGUCUAAGCUAAAUCUCUUACGAGUGAAGACAUACCCUAGAGCGCGUAUUUUAAUAAAAGAUAUAAUAUUCAUUUGUUUAAUAAAUUGAUUUGUUUCAUUCACGAUAACCAUACCUAAAUUCCCAACUGGUUAUGGGCCCAGAAUACGCCGUGUAUUAAAAUCGUGAAAGAAAGAUUAAUUUAUCAAAAGAAAAAAUUGA